AUGACAGCGAGAAAGUCUGGGUCACGACUCGAGACAGAGAUAGAACGAUGCCGUUCGGAAGGGCAAUGGGACAAGAUACCAGAGCUUGUACGGCAGCUGUCUGCCAAACUAAUAUCAAACGGUAAGAAAUAUGUCUAUGAUUCGUGAUUUGCUUUUGCUCUGCCGUUCAUUCAGCGAUUUGGGGCCUGGACAGGGAGCACAAUCCAAGGGCUUUCUUAACCACGUCAGCGCGUCUACGUGAAUGAAAUUUCCAUUGCGAGUCGGUUCCAGCUAGCCAGCCAUUUCUAGGUCGUCUGUAAAAACGAAAUAAUGAUCUUGAACUCACCGGUAUGGUUUAUAGCUAUUUAGCGAAUUCCCAAAGCUCCUUUGAGUGUGCAUACGCGCUCACUUCCUAUUUCCUGUUUUGACAGUUUUCUGUCAUUUAAGCCAGGGCUAGCCAGCCUAGCUACCGUGUGCCUAGCUAAACUUGGGCAGAGAGUGUUCCCGGCACUAUGAAUACUGGUUGAACGUUAUCACUCUGGAAAUAGUGUUCUAAAAUAUUUUACUGAGCUAGCUAGCUAUCUAUCUUACCAGUAGACUCCAUAAAAGUAGUUUUAAGAAUCUUUGUAGACUACUCCUGGCUUGCAUAUCAAUGACAUCAUCAUACACAGUGGGGCGACUUCCUACUUAAUGAAAUCAACAAAAACUCAAUUGAAAUCUUUGGCCAAUGAGUAUGCCUCAAAGAGGUGAGAAAUAUUUGCAGUCUUGGCAGAUUUGGGAUCUGUUGGUGUUUGUUGGUCGUCUCUAGUUACCACAGCCACAAAGUCAUUAACCACACCGAUUUCUAAAAUGUAUCUUCAUAAAAUCUAAUUUUAAACCUAGCCGUAACCACACUGCUAACCGUAUGCAUAACCCUAACCUUAAAAAAAAAGCACAUUUAUUUUUUUCAUACAUUUUACGAUAUAUACUUUGUGGCUGUGGUAACUAGUGGAAACCCUGUAAACAGGAAGUCACUCAUCUGGUAUCAUUUUCCAUUUUAGUCAUUUUAGCAGAUGCUCUUAUCCAGAGCGACUUACAGUUAGUGAGUGCAUACAUUUUCAUACUGGCCCCUCGUGGGAAACGAACCCACAACCCUGGCGUUUGAAGCGCCAUGCUCUACCAACUGAGCUACACGGGGCAAAAAGUGGUAUGAUGAUGUCAUAUUGCUGACUUCACCUUGAAAUAUCAUAUUUUGGAAUUAAUGUAUGUUUUGUUGAUGUAAACUGACACCCUUGUCAGACCAGAGGGUCACACUCUCCUGUCAUGCAUAAUGGGCCAGUUAAACGCCUAACAAACUGGAUUAGCCUAUGGGUCACCUUAAUAUCCAACAAAGCGAGGCAUUGAGGGAUUGAAUAACACUAAUACUACUAAUCUUGUUGUACAAACCUACGCCUAUAAUCUGUUUCUCGCCCUACAAACAUUGCACCACACCAGGCUUCUCAAUGUGUAGUGAGUAGUCUUUUUGCAUCAAGGAGACUGAUAGAGUUCGCCUACCCAGUCCCAGCCAGCAGUUUUGGUCCUCCCUACAUAGAGCUUGUCAGCUUGUAGUCCUAAUAACCGGAAAUGAGUUACUUCUGGUUCGUUCAGCCAUUCCUAUGGGGAAAGAAUAGGGUUUUGGGAUAAACUGCGAAAAUAAGGUGUGAGGUUAACACAGGCUUAGGAGAUCUUAUAUGUUUUGUUCUAUUAUAUAGUAUCAGUCAGUUAACAUGACCUUUAUGAAUCCUUUAUGUGCUUUUUGUUUUUUUAUUUGAUUACAUAAAUGCUACAAAAUUCACAAAAAGUGAGGUUUGCUGAUGAAGAUUAUCUCAUAGAACAAAACGUAAAAGAUCUCCUAAGCCUGGGUUCAACACAGACCUUAUUUUCGGCAUUUAUCCCAAAACAGUACACAAACUCCAUUCAUUUCCCCAAUGGCUUUAUCCAACGAACCAUGGCGAAGUUAGUGCCUACAAAAAGACGCCAUUACUAUUGCUCUCUAUUCUCUCUUAUCCCUGAGUAAUUCCACCUCUAAAAGCACAAGCGAGAGGAUUUCGACCCCACCAUCUCAGAUUGUUCUGAAAUCGUUUAUGUAGUUAGAAACAGAUAAGAUUAGCAUUCCUGAAACAUUAUUUUGUUGAAAUAUAAUUUGAGAUAGUUGAUUGCCCCCAAAUUGGCCAUUUUAAUUUAUAAGAUUCAUAUAAUCUUCAAUAAAUAUAGUACCUAACAUCCAAUGUGGACCAUAAUUCCUCCUAAUAAUGAGUAAAACAUGAGGAAUCCAAUAAAAUUAUCAAAAGCCACCCACUGAACCCCCACACCCCAUGCCAAUCCUACCCCAAGAACCAGUAUACAGUAUCAGUUUUCUAUGGCUGACAAGUAGUACGGAGAUGCUGCUUGUAGUAUUGCUUCUUCAUCUUUUGUAAUUUAUUCCCUGUGUUCAGAGAAGUUCAAUUCAGAGAAAUUAGCCAUUGAAGUCGCUUGCACUAUUUACCAUAAAUUAGUGGGAAAGUACCACGUUAUGCCCACUAGAUGCCACUGUUCAUGCUACUGCCACCACAUCCAUUUUACUGGUCUCUUGUGUUCAUUAAAUGGAUCACAACAUUUUCUUUGCAACUUUGGGUAGGGUUGAAAAGCAAUAGCUUUUGCUCAUGAUGAAAAUAAAUUGUAUGGUCAUGCUCACAAUUCAAGCCAGUCCUCCAUGAAAGCAGUUCAGUUUGCUCUUCUUUUAGGCUUAAUUUGUGUCCAGGAAACAACCCCUCUGUGUGUAGUUUAUUCCCUUAAAAAAAGGUCUGGAUAAGUUAAGACCAUUCCUUGCAUACAAGCUAACCAUUAAGCUAUAGCAGUUCUAAUGGUUUAAAUGUUAUGGUCUCUAAUGGUCUUCAAAUGGUAAAAGUCCCAAACACACACUGUAUAGCAGGGAUCAUCAACUACAUUCAGCCCCGGGCCGAUUUUCUUUUUCUUGAGCGGAUGGUUAGGGGGCUGGAACAUAAUUACAACAAAUUUGUAGACUGCAAAUUGACUGCAAUAAGCCCAAACAGAUAUUUGACUAAAACAUAAUCAUUUCAAGCAUUGCUUACGUUUGUAUAUGGUCACAUAUACAGUUGAAGUCGGAAGUUUACAUACACCUUAGCCAAAUACAUUUAAACUCAGUUUUUCACAAUUCCUGACAUUUAAUCCUAGUAAAAAAUUCCCUGUUUUAGGUCAGUUAGGAUCACCACUUUAUUUUAAGAAUGUGAAAUGUCAGAAUAAUAGUAGAGAGAUUUCUUUCAGCUUUUAUUUCUUUCAUCACAUUCCCAGUGGGUCAGUGGGUAGCCUUCCACAAUAAGUUGGAUGAAUUUGGGCCCAUUCCUCCUGACAGAGCUGGUGUAACUAAGUCAGGUUUGUAGGCCUCCUUGUUCGCACACGCCUUUUCAGUUCUGCCCACACAUUUUCUAUAGGAUUGAGGUCAGGGCUUUGUGAUGGCCACUCCAAUACCUUGACUUUGUUGUCCUUAAGCCAUUUUGCCACAACUUUGGAAGUAUGCUUGGGGUCAUUGUCCAUUUGGAAGACCCAUUUGCAACCAAGCUUUAAGAUCCUGACUGAUGUCUUGAGAUGUUGCUUCAAUAUAUCCACAUAAUUUUCCUUCCUCAUGAUGCUAUCUAUUUUGUGAAGUGCACCAGUCCCUCCUGCAGCAAAGCACCCCCACAGCAUGAUGCUGCCACCCCCGUGCUUCACGGUUGGGAUGGUGUUCUUCGGCUUGUAAGCAUCCCCCUUUUUCCUCCAAACAUAACGAUGGUCAUUAUGGCCAAACAGCUCUAUUUUUGUUUCAUCAGACCAGAGGACAUUUCUCCAAAAAGUACGAUUUUUGUCCCCAUGUGCAGUUGCAAACCGUAGUCUGGUUUUUUAAUGGCGGUUUUGGAGCAGUGGCUUCUUCCUUGCCUUUCAGGUUAUGUCGAUAUAGGACUCUUUUUACUGUGGAUAUAGAUACUUUUGUACCUGUUUCCUCCAGCAUCUUCACAAGGUCCUUUGCUGUUGUUCUGGGAUUGAUUUGCACCAAAGUACGUUCAUCUCUAAGAGACAGAACGCGUCUCCUUCCUGAGCGGUAUGACGGCUGCGUGGUCCCAUGGUGUUUAUACUUGCGUACUAUUGUUUGUACAGAUGAACGUGGUACCUUCAGGCAUUUGGAAAUUGCUCCCAAGGAUGAACCAGACUUGUGGAGGUCUACCAUUUUUUUCUGAGGUCUUGGCUGAUUUCUUUUGAUUUUCCCAUGAUGUCAAGCAAAGAGGCACUGAGUUUGAAGGUAGGCCUUGAAAUACAUCCACAGGUACACCUCCAAUUGACUCAAAUGAUGUCAAUUAGCCUAUCAUAAGCUUCUAAAGCCAUGACAUCCAUUUUCUGGAAUCGUCCAAGCUGUUUAAAGGCACAGUCAACUUAGUGUAUGUAAACUUCUGACCCACUGGAAUUGUGAUACAGUGAAUUAUAAGUGAAAUAAUCUGUCUGUAAACAAUUGUUGGAAAAAUUACUUGUGUCAUGCACAAAGUAGAUGUCCUAACCGACUUGCCAAAACUAUAGUUUGUUAAGAAGAAAUUUGUGGAGUGGUUGAAAAACGAGUUUUAAUGACUCCAACCUAAGUGUAUGUAAACUUCCGACUUCAACUGUAGCUCUGUAUUAUGCUUGGGAAUGCUUUGGAACAGAUUUCCUAAAUUAAAAUCACUUGGAGCGGAUUUGCUGGUCUUUUUACAGUUUUUUAUGCCCAGCAAUAAAAAAUAUAGAGAUGUUUCUAAUAAUUUUAUUGAGAAACGACUGCCAUGCAAUGGUUUAUAAUUAUAUUAUUUUAUUAGGGUUGUCACAACAUUUUAGUCACUAUCCCUUAGGUAGCUUUUGACCCAUUUUACUCAAUGAUAGGAAUAAGUUUGGUCCAAAUUAGAUGUUGGGUACUAUAUUUGUUGAAUAUUAUGUGAAACCUAUAAAUUAAAAUGGCCAAUUUGGGUGCAAUCAAUUAGCUUGAUUUCUCAGAGAUCAAAUUAGACUUCAGAACAAUCUGAGAUGAUGGGUGUCAUGGCUCGCUGAAAUGACAUGGAAUGACCCCCCCUAUCAACUUUUCUGGAUACUGAUGCUGUAGUAUUGUACAGAUUGUUAGAGAAUCUGCAUGUUAGUCAGGGUUGACUGAUCUGUCUUCACUGUGAUAUAUUAUUGGAACAUGAUGUGUGUUGUCAUUCCACAUAUGACUCAGGUAGUUAGCCUAGUUGGUAAAUAAUCAGUGGCCUGUUCUAAGUCAUAUUUAUUAUUGAACAUCAUAGAAAAACAUAGCAAAAAUAAGUUUGUCAUUGGACAAGGUCAGGUAGUCCUUCCCUGUUUUCAGUCCGUUUCCUUACAUUUGGUGCCUAUUGGAACACACGACCCUGUUAAACUUGGAGGGUAGUCUAAUGUUACAUGUCAUGAAGCAUACUGGAUGUAUAGUCUAAACUCUGUGUUUCAGAUGACCUGGGGGAGCUGCUUCUGGGGGAGGCCAAGCUCCAGCAGUACAUCAAGGAGAACCCCAUCAAGCAGGGGGCCAGCCCGAGGGGCCCAAGACCCAGGCUGGUGGAGGUCCACAAGCACCUGACCGCUGCCCUGGACCGAGGGAACCUCAAGGUAGCUGAUGUAGCACAGUAGACUUCACCUAUGGCCAUUAUAUUAGUAUACAUCAUCUGUCCACUUUUCAGUCUAGUUCAGUCUUGUAACAGUGUUUAUAACAGUGUAGUCCAGUCUUUAGUGCUGAGCGAUUAGUGCUUUUUGAGGUCUGUUCGGUUUCGGUUCGAUUACUAAAAAGUAAUCACGGUUUUUAGACUUUGGUUUCGAUUAUUUGGGUUGAACGCUUUGACAACGCAGAAUAAAACAAUUAAUAAAAGUCCCAUGAUGGUAGUGACUGCCCAUUACUGCUUAUCACUUAUUAACCAUCAUUUAUUCACAUGACUUUACUUUAAUAAGAUAUUUCAGUUGUUGUGUAUAUUGCAUUUGUUUUAUUUGAUAACUUUAUUAUUUCAUUCCAAGUCAUCUCAUCUCUAUAGAGCUGCUGCCUAUGCUGUCUGACAAAAUCACUAUUUUAGUAGUUCUUCUAUGUAAAUAAGGCAUACAUUUAUGACUCCUGAAUACCAACUAUUAAUCACUUAGAUCAUGUAUUUUCAGUUAGAGAUACCUUGCGAAGCAACAGGUGCUCUCUAUAUCCAUGAUCGCGCAUUCUUCUCUCCCUCUCUGUGUCUGCCUCACACUAACCUAACGUAGCAGGCGUAAAAAAUACACAGACCAGACAAGUAGAUGCGUAAUUAUGCGGAUUCGGGUCAUUGUAGUUAUUUACCAGGUUUUAUGCGUUAAACUAUGUAUAAUAUUGGCCUGUUGGAAACUACAACUCCCUACUACAUCUCACAGUUCAAGCUGGAUCUAGAGAAACUGUGCAAUGUGUGCAUUGUGCUCACAGAAUAGAAAUGAACGAAAUGGAAUUGAAAUAUUUGAACUGAUGUCGGUCAAUUAGUUGUUUAAAAAUGAAAACUAACCGAAAUUUCAGUUAAUCGCUCAGCACUACCAGACUUCUGACAGUAUUCUAAUACUGUAAAAGGUAACACUGGUUUAAUCAGUAUCUGGCUUUACACUCACUGCUUUCCCAAACUGAGAGAAUCCCCUUUGAAUGAUAUAACCUCAUAACGCUGCAUCACUCCCUCACGCAGCUUCUAUGCCCUCUUUUUUUCUCUGAAACAUGUACAUUUAGCUACACAUCUUUGAGUUCAGGAGAAAACAACAUUUAGCUACACACUAUCUGUCUCUUCUCUCACCUUUUGUGCUUAGCCGGAAUACAUGCAAGAGGCCAGUAUGUUAAUGGCCAAGCUGUCCUAUGUGGAGGGAGACUACAGUGAAGCCAUCAACCAGUAUGGCAAAGUGACCCUGGACGAGCUGGCGCUGGUGGGAGCCCCUGUCUACCGUCUCUCCAUGAUCGCCGAGGCAUAUGCUACCAAA